UGCCGGUGUCGGCUUUGGUCGCUUUGAACACUCCGCAUUUCGCCGUACGACGUCGCUGUACUCGCGCUUGUGCCUUGUGCGUCCACCUAGCACCUACUCGCAUAGGAUUACAUCGCAUCUACAUAAGCUGUGAUCACCUUAAUAAACGAAGUUCUACGGAAUGAGGUGGCAGCUUGUAAGAAACCUAAACGCGAAAGCGUUCAGUUUGCGAAGGUUCGCCACUCAAACGUCGUCGAGCUCAUCGGAAGUUUUGCUCGAAAGACUUUCUGGGAAGAACGAAGGAGUAGCUGUGUUGGCACUCAACCGACCGGCUGCACGAAAUGCUAUAAGCCGCUCGCUCUUGGAGGCCACCGAGGACGUAGUACAGACUCUACAGCGGGACACCUCCUUGCGAGUCCUCCUACUUCGAAGCCUCGUUCCUGGAGUCUUCUGUGCUGGAGCAGACCUCAAAGAACGUGCCACGAUGAGCGAACGUGAUGUGGGACCCUUUGUGAAGAGACUUCGUGAUGCUGCUACCGCGCUUGCAUCCAUUCCUGUACCAACAAUUGCAGCCCUAGACGGAGCUGCCCUCGGAGGCGGACUAGAAUUUGCCCUCGCCUGUGACCUCCGUAUCGCGUCAUCCUCGGCCAAGAUGGGGCUUGUGGAAACUAAGCUAGCGAUAAUCCCUGGAGCCGGUGGCACGCAGCGUCUGGCACGAGUUGUCGGGUUGGGACGUGCAAAGGAAAUGAUUUUAACUGCACGUGUACUGGACGGCAACCAAGCCUACGACUGGGGUUUAGUUAACGAAGUUGUUGAUCAAAACGAAAAGGGCGAUGCUGCGUUCCAUGCGGCGUUAAACCUUGCUGGAAGGAUGGCAAAGCAGGCUGGACCUUUGGCACUUAGGUUGGCAAAGACAGCGUUGGAAAGAGGAUGCGAGCUGCCUUUGGCCAGCGGACUUGCAUUUGAGGAAGCGUGCUACGCUCAGGUGUUGCCAACAGCAGAUAGAGUCGAAGCACUGAAAGCAUUCAGAGAAAAGCGAGAUCCUAUGUAUAAAGGAGAAUGAAUUGUAGAUAUCAAUAAAGAGUUUCUUUCGUUGUUUC